UUUAUUCAAAUUGUAUAGCACACACUUUUAGAACAUUUUUUCUACCAAAGAUGUACAUAUUUCUUCAACAGAAAAGGAUUAAAAAUAAAUAUGGGUGGGUGGUUUUAGAGACAGUGAAAUAGGAUAAGAAGAUCAGAGUAUGUGUGUGGGGGAACCAAUCUUAAGGACUGACCUGGGGUGAUUAUAAAAGAUGAACUCAGUAAAAGGUCUUGGGCAUCUAGUCAUUCUUUUAUAAAGAAGCAGCCAGUGUUUCCCCUUCUUGGGUUUAGUGAAUAGGUGUAUAAGUUCCAAUCAAUUGAAUGAAACUUUUUGGGUGAUUUUGAACUAACAUUGUGCCCCACUUCUAGAGUGGGAGAGCUCUAACAGUACCUAACAGGUACUUGAUCAUACAAGUGAGCCUUAGAGAAAUCCAUCUGGGUUGGGGUUGGAGAUUCACGAGAAACUGAAAACUCACCUCCUCUAGGAAAUCUUCCCAAAUUAAACUCAUCUGAUUAUGACCACUCUUCUCCGUGUCCUCUUCAGCUCUUGAAUACUCAGUUAUACUUAUUUAUUUGUUCCAGUUUUUACAAAGCAUUUUUCUCAUGUAUGUGUACUCUGCCUCUUGAAUAAUAUUAUAAUAUUCCUGGAUGACAACUUAUUGGUCCAGGACUUCUCAGAGGGUAGAGACAUCUCCACUAUUAUUUAGGCCUUAGAAAAAGUGGGGGAGGAAACCAAUCAAAUCAACUGCUAGCAAAGACAACUCUGGCAGCGUUGUUCAUCCCAGAGUACGUAAAUUUGUAUUGAUUUAUCAUAUGGUACUUCAACGUAACCUUCAAUCAGGACUUCUUGGGGUCCACCUAGAUCUUUUGAUUCCCCUCUCAAAAAAACCUCCUCUGGAAAGCCCUCCAGGACUGGCCAGCGACAACAGUAUCUCUGGGGCAGUUUUGGCCAUCCCCCCAGGUUGACCUCUCAAGCCACUCUGCCCCCACCUCAAGAACGAGGCUGAUUGCCCACCCCCCAAGUCGGAGGCUCUUAAACCUCGUCCUCUGAACCCCCCAGCUCAAGGUUCUUUCAUCCCUGCCCCAACAACGCUAUCUUCUUCAGCCAACGGACUUCCUGACAGAGACUGGGCCUGGCGCAGGCCAAACAGCCCAAGGCAGCCCCCCUACAUCCUCCCCGGCCACAACAGUGACGUGAUGGAGCAGCGGUGACGACAUAGUGACGUAAGGUGACGUAAGGGCAGGGCGGGCUAUCAGCCACGCCCCCCGGGGGGGUCUCGACCUAUCCCGGGGCCACAGGGGUACAAGCGCUGGGCGGCGGGGCCACAGCCAGCUCUGGGGGCGUUCGGCUCGGCGCCCGCCGCUCCGGAACCUUAAUCGGCGCUCGGCUGCGCUGGGCCUCUAGCGGUUGCUAAGUGACGCCAGCGCGCAGCUGGCGCGGGCGCGGCCACGGAGCUGUGCGUGGGAGCGGGCGCGCGCCGCGGCGACGACGACGGCGACGACGGCGAGCGCAGCGGCGGCAGCGGCGGCGACCUGGGAGCCAAGUGGUCGGAAGAGGCGGCGGCCGUGGUGGUUGCGUCUCUGAGAAACGUUGUCGGGGUUCAUCCUUAGUUUGGAUCCACAUGGGUUCUAUUGACUUCGUGAAUCCCACAAAGUGGCAGAUCAGUGAAUACUGUCUGUUCUACAAAAUGAGCAACAGCCAUCCACUCCGCCCCUACACUGCGGUGGGAGAAAUCGAUCAUGUGCAUAUCUUGUCUGAAAAUAUUGGUGCCUUGUUAAAUGGGGAAGAAUAUGGUGAUGUCACGUUUAUAGUGGAAAAGACACGUUUUCCAGCCCACAGAGUGAUUCUAGCUGCCAGGUGCCACUAUUUUCGAGCAUUAUUAUAUGGUGGAAUGCGAGAGUCUCAGCCUGAAGCAGAAAUCCCUCUCCAAGAUACCACUGCAGAGGCAUUUACCAUGUUACUUAAAUACAUCUACACAGGACGGGCGACGCUGACAGAUGAGAAGGAGGAGGUGCUGCUGGACUUCCUGAGCCUAGCUCAUAAAUAUGGAUUUCCUGAGCUGGAGGAUUCAACCUCUGAGUAUCUCUGCACCAUACUUAACAUUCAGAAUGUCUGCAUGACUUUUGAUGUUGCUAGUCUCUACUUGCUUCCAAAGCUCACAUGUAUGUGCUGUAUGUUUAUGGACAGAAACGCUCAGGAGGUACUUUCCAGUGAAGGUUUCCUCUCUCUUUCUAAGGCAGCACUUCUCAAUAUCGUAUUAAGAGAUUCAUUUGCAGCUCCUGAAAAGGAUAUUUUUCAAGCCUUGUUAAAUUGGUGUAAGCACAAUCCAAAAGAGGAUCAUGCUGAAAUCAUGCAGGCAGUUCGCUUGCCCCUGAUGAGUCUCACUGAGCUUUUGAAUGUUGUUAGACCUUCUACACUGUUGUCUCCUGAUGCCAUCUUGGAUGCAAUUAAAGUGCGCUCAGAAAGUCGGGACAUGGAUCUCAAUUAUCGGGGCAUGCUUAUACCAGAAGAGAACAUUGCAACUAUGAAGUAUGGAGCCCAGGUAGUGAAAGGGGAGCUGAAAUCUGCAUUACUUGAUGGUGAUACACAAAAUUAUGAUUUGGAUCAUGGAUUUUCUAGGCAUCCAAUUGAUGAUGACUGCCGUUCCGGCAUCGAGAUUAAAUUAGGUCAGCCAUCAAUUAUCAAUCAUAUACGAAUACUCCUGUGGGAUCGUGAUAGCCGGUCUUAUUCCUACUACAUUGAAGUGUCCAUGGAUGAACUAGAUUGGAUCAGAGUAAUUGAUCACUCAAAAUACCUCUGUCGUUCUUGGCAAAAGCUGUAUUUUCCUGCCCGGGUCUGCAGGUAUGUUCGAAUAGUUGGGACACACAACACAGUGAACAAAGUUUUCCACCUUGUGGCUUUUGAAUGUAUGUUUACAAACAAAACCUUUACUCUUGAGAAGGGUCUGAUAGUUCCAAUGGAGAAUGUUGCAACAAUUGCUGAUUGUGCUAGUGUGAUUGAGGGCGUGAGUCGUAGUCGCAAUGCCUUGUUGAAUGGUGACACCAAGAAUUAUGAUUGGGAUUCUGGGUACACCUGUCACCAACUAGGAAGUGGUGCCAUUGUGGUUCAGCUGGCACAGCCAUAUAUGAUUGGGUCAAUACGGUUAUUACUUUGGGAUUGUGAUGAUCGAAGCUACAGCUACUACAUUGAAGUUUCCACCAAUCAACAGCAGUGGACCAUGGUAGCAGACAAAACUAAACUGCCCUGCAAAUCCUGGCAAUCAAUAACUUUUGAUAAACAGCCUGCAUCCUUUAUCCGAAUAGUUGGAACACACAACACAGCAAAUGAGGUAUUCCACUGUGUACACUUUGAAUGUCCAGAGCAGAGCAGCACCCACAAGGAGGAGAGCAAGGAGGAAGCCACCGCACAGCCAGCAACGGCAGGGGCGGCAGGAGCGGCAGCUGCACCUGCGACAGCCUCGACAACAGCAGCAACAGCUUCGACAGCGGCAGCAACAGCCUCGACAGCGGCAGCGACCUCGACAGCCGCCGCGGCAGCGUCAGGAGAAGAGGAGAGCCCUGGGGGGCAGCAGCUGGUCCUUUACCCGCUUCGACCCUCCAGCAGCAGUUCAAACCAGUCCCUCCCAGGACCCACUUCUCGAUCACCUGUUCAACCCCAAUAAAAGAUGAAGACAAAGGAUGGAUGCAGUGACUUGGUUUGGGCCCAAAUGACACUAGGAAGUCCUUGUCCUUCUUGGACAGGAAUUGUUAUAUGACUUUUUCCCUAUUGCUGCUGUUUCCAAAGGGGAGUUGGGCUGCCUGAAAAUGCGGAAAUAGAAUAGGUUUUCUCCCAAGGACAGAAAGGGGGCUGCUUUGCUUGCCUCAAUUUGUUCAAAUCAGGCUGGUCUCCAGGGGGAGAAAAUGGGUCUUCAAUCUUCAUCAAGUCUACCAUUAACACCCUACCUCUCUAAUCUAACCCAGGCAAAGGGAACAGAAGGAAAUAAUAGACAGACUCAUGUUGGAAUACAAAAAUGGCAUAUGAACACUAGACUGGGAAGAGAAUACAUUAGGCAUUUAUUACCUGGAGUCACCCUUUAGGAAAUGGGUUUUUGGUGGGAGUGUUUAUUUUUAUGGAACACAUUGCCCUGGCAACUAAAUGAUUUUUAUUUCUUUUGGUUAUUCUCAAUUUGCUGAAUCAUAGGUGUUCCAGAUCUCUUUGAAAAGCUCAGAUGGUAAUUUUUUUUUCUAAGUCCCUUUUGAGGCAGUAAUUCCCCUCCCUUAUUUCUGAACGGUUAUGCAUGGGGUAAAGUAGGAAAAUAUCAAGCAUGUCUUUGAAAUGAGGCCCAAUGUAGCUGAUUGCAGCACCUGGUCUGACAAGGAGGUGCCUUCAAGAAGGUAUAACAAAAUACACAAUGAGAAAGCCAGUCUUUGGACACCAUAGUUAAUAAUCACUUGAAUUGCAGAGUUAUUAACCUGUCAUUCCUGAAAUGUAUCUGGAGCAACUAUGUGCUUUUUUCAGCUUUGGGAUUCUGACACAUAAACAGUCCCAGCACCUGCUCGUUUAAUGGAAAAUAUACAUGUGUGCAUAUCUAUAUCUCUAGGUGUAGAUAGAUGGAUGUGUAUCUGUAGUCUGUUCUGGGCAGGUUGAAGUUUCUGCAGGAAAUCUGUACAGGUUCAGGGCUUCCUGUUUUUGUUUGCACUCCUCGUAAUAAUGGAUAUCAGGAAUACAAAACUGGGAUUUUGCAAUUUAGGUCUCUCUCUCUCUCUCUCUCUCUCUCUCUCUCUCUCUCUCUUUUUUAAGGUGUAUUUGUGGACUACAAUACUCAACUGGGGAUUUUAAAAGUCUGUUAGAAGAAGGUUUCUUCCUGAUCUUCAUAAAAAUGAUCUCAUUUGACUAUUGUAGCCCUAUCUGCCUUGAUCUUGUCUCUUGCUUCAUAACUCCCCCUUCAGUGUUAACUGUCCUCUGUAAUUUGAUCAGAUUUAUUGUCUGCUUUUGGUUUAUCUUGAGAGCUUCCUGCCAUAUUCACGGUUAUCAUCAGCUCCCUCUCCAGCCCCAAGUGCUGUUCUCGGAGAGCUCCAGGUUUGCUCUGUUUGGCAGGUAGGAAGGGGUGGAGGGGGGAGGGCACCAAAGAGGGGGAUGCCAGUGCUUCUGGGAAGCUUAAGAAAACCUGCUGUCUCUUAAAGUAUUGGACUUAGGGGACAUCAGCAAAUUCCUGGACCUGGCUCAGAAAAAACUGGUUUGCUUUGGUUUGGGUAUUUUUUCUUUUUCUGGCAUCCGAAAAACAUUGCUUGGAAUAUAGAAAGAUCAAGCAGGUCAGCGAAUUAAACAUGCUUUUUCUUCUUAUUUAAUUUCACGUUGAAUGAUAUAUCAAUAUUGAGAUAGUAGGAUAGCAUCAAACUGCAUGAUGAAGUGGAAAGGUUUCUCUUCACUUUGAACAUAGGUCGACCCAGAGCAGAGAGACACCAAGGCGAGAAGAGGGAGCAUGGAGGGAUGGGAGGAGGAGCAAAGGCUUGAGAGGCUUGGGAAGAGGCCAGAAAUUUGUCUGAAGUCACCUUCCAGACACUAGCUGGGUCAUUGCUAGGAAGGACUGGGUCCUUCUUGGCCCACUCUCCGCUCCUGAUGGUUUUGCUGUCUUCUUUUUGCCCAUUUUCCCACUCUUUGAAUCCCAGACAUCCCCACACGGGUGGAGAGUGUUUAUUCAGGAACAUGACUCUCCUUAACAAGUUCUUUUGCCUGCUCCUCCCAUAGCAGGUGGCAGUCUUCUGGGGUUUGGAUGCUACUUGUUUCAUUGAGUAACCUCUAGUUGCCAAUUAACAUGAAGAAUUCCUGUCUGCUUAGCACUUUCUUGGGCUUCAGAUAGCCUGGGCAUCAUAGAGCCAAGCUCCUGGAUCGGGAAACCAAAUUAGCCAGCUUAGUCAUCUUAUAGGAUGGAAUUAAGAUUUUCAGAAAUUGCUGAGGCAAAAGUUUCAUUUUGAACAUGAAAGCCACCUUUGUAGGGACAAGUACCUGGCUUUGAUUGCCUCACUAGUCCCUCCUACUCUAUGGAGAUGGGAAAUAUCACCUCCCCUUAGCUGCCUGCCCUUCCAUAGCCAUUGCUUAAGUAUUUGUGGAAGACGUUUCCUGCUGCCUAGGAAAAUACCCUGGCCAAGUUGCACAUCUGGAAAUAAAGUAAAACAAGUAAGCUUCAAAACCCAAAGAGUCUAUCACUGCAGCCACUUCACCUUGGGACCCUAAUGACCCAUUCUUCCCUACAUGUUGACGUCUUCCAGCCUUCUCCUUCUCCACUGGACUGUACAAAAGCCAUCCAGAGGAUGGAAAGAGCUUAGUGUCUCCUCCCCCUCGUCAACUCCCCAGCUAUUUACAUAGUAGGUACUUAACUAAGGAAUGCUUACUGCCUGGUUCACUCUUGAACUGUGAAAAAGGAAGGAAUGUUCAUCCAACUGAAGUGACUCAGCUAAGUUUUCGAACUUUGCCCUCCCGACACAGCCUGGCUCUUUUCCACCUAAGAGGAGUUUGAAUAUCUUGGUUCGAACCCAUUAACUAGACAGUGAAGUGCUACUGAGGGCCAUUCUUAGCUAUGAAGAUGUUUUAUCACCGUUGUGUUUCUUCAAGAAUACAAGAUAUGGAGAGGUGUAGAGAAAUGUCUGUGACGCCCCCUAGAGCCAUGAGAUCUUGAAGAGCCCCAUUUCAAGAUGCAUCAUACUGGAGUGUGAAGUGCAAAGAAUGCCCAGCCCCUUAAGAAAGGCUUAAAGAGGAAGAGGGAGUCCCAUCAAAGGAACUUGGAAAAGGGCCUAAGGAACUUAGCAAGUGUUGAAACUCAGGUGGCAGAUUGAACACCUAUGAUGUGUGUGGCUGCAGGGCAUAAGAUAGAACCCCCGACAAGUAUUCACCCCCAACUGACUUCUCUCCUCUUACUUCUCUCCUCGCUGGAGCUAUGAACUCCAAGAAUGAACUAAUUGACUAGAACAAAAAAAGGGAUGUAGGGGUGGGAGGGAAGACAGGGGAUGCUGUGAAGCGUGGAAAACAUGAGCAAUGCCUGAAGUGGGGGCCAAGAGAAAGACUCAGGAGGGAGGAGGUGAGGAGAAGGGUGGAAGGGUCAUGAGAUGGGAUCAGUACUGAUGCUAAUUCUCAAGGAGGAAUGACCCAGCUGUACAGAGGUGAGAAGAGCAGUUUGGCCUGGAUGAGGAAAAGGUGGGCUGGGCCUGUGCCUGGCCUUGCCCCUUCUGAGAGUCCCAUCCAGCACGCCUGGCUCACAGCCAGCUGUUACCAGCAAGGAGGCAACAGGGCUGUGUCACCAGUGGUUAUUUACAGGGUUUUUGUUUGGGGUAAAUGUUUCUCAUUUGUCAUGAUGACGUUGCUUGUUGACACAGGCCGAUCUUCCUGGAGAAACUGCAGAAGUCUGAGCAGGUGUGGGUGGUUUUGUCUUCCUUUCCCACUCUCUUGUCCUUCAUUUUGGCUUCUUAUUUUACUGAAGGCAGGGGGGGAGAAUACUGCAGGGCUUUGAAGUUAUAGUACCAGAAUUCACAUGUCUAAGGGCAACUGAAAACAGGCCAGGCCCUGGGAGAAGGGACAUCUGUAGAUGCCUCUGAGAGUACAAAUGGGGCCUUGGCUUAGCCCAGGCCAUCUGUGGCUGGGUCCAGAGACCAGAGGUCCUGGGCCCUUUCCAGGUCUCAGGGCUGGGAACAGUUGUAUUUUAGGGACAUUGAUUUACACUUAAGUGGAAGGAGGUUUGUCGCCUAGCACUUCAAACUUAAAAUAGCAAUAAUAAUCUAAUCUUUGAUCUUUCCUUUCUGUCAGCCCCUUCCCCCCUUUUCUCCACAUCUUAUGCUUCAAUACUCAUUUCCUUCAUCUAAAUUUUUGCUCAAAACAUUAUUAGUUGGUAUGUGAAAUUCAUCUAUUUCUCUUAAAAGUGUCACUCCUGGCUCUCCCCAGCUCCCCCAUUAAAUGAACUGUUGAUCCCUAA